AUGGCGAACAUACAGCAGAUCCAGUCGAAAGGCAUAUAUCACGGCCUCCCGGUCUUCUCGGAUGCGGCCGAUAAGAAGGACCUCACGGCCAUAGUCACCGGCGCCAACGGCAUCUCCGGACAGCACAUGCUCCGCGUUCUCGCGCAGAGCCCGCAACGCUGGUCCAAAAUAUACUGUCUUUCGCGGCGGCCCCCGACGAUCCCAGAUGGCUUGCCGCAGGUCGAGUUCAUAUCUGUCGACUUUCUCAAGUCACCCGACUUCAUCGCGAAGCUGCUGAAAUCGCAUCGCGUGCGCGCCGACUACGUCUUCUUCUACUCGUACAUCCAGGUGCCGCCCAAGGACGGGCAGGGGUUGUGGUCCAACGCCGAAGAGAUGGCGAUCGUGAACACCGAACUACUCUCGAAUUUCCUGGCGGCGCUGAGCCUGGCGGACAUCAAGCCGCGCCGUGUCCUGCUCCAGACGGGAGCAAAGCACUACGGCGUGCACCUUGGCCCAGCGAAGGUGCCGCAGGAGGAGAGCGACCCACGGGUGACGAUAGAGCCCAAUUUCUACUACCCCCAGGAGGACUAUCUGGUGGACUGGUGCGAAGAGCUGACCGGCGUCGGGUGGAAUGUCAUUCGUCCAAGCUUCAUACUCGGUGCCGUUCCGGACGCAGCGAUGAACUUGGUCUUUCCGAUUGCAGCAUACGCUGCUGUGUGCAAGCAUCUCGGCCAAAAACUCGAGUUUCCCGGCAACCUGGAGGCUUGGGAACGCCCGCUGGAUUUGAGCAGUGCCAUGCUGAACGGAUACCAGGCGGAGUGGGCCGUCCUGGACGAUGGAGCAGCGAACGAGGCGUUCAACGCGGCGGAUGGAAGCACGUUUACGUGGGGGCAGAUUUGGCCGAGGCUGGCGGCACGUUACGGCGUCGAGUGGAGCGGGCCGGAGCUGGAUGAGACUACGUACGAGAUCAUGACGAUACCCAGAGAUGAGACUCCUAGAGGUUACGGUCCACAGGCCACGAUCCGACGCCGUUUCGCGUUGACGGACUGGGCAAAGAAGCUGGAAACCCAGCAGGCUUGGAAAGAGCUGGCCCAGAAGCACGACCUGCUGGACAAGGAACUGCGGGACGUUGACCGCAUUUUUGCUUUUGCGGACGCCGCUCUGGCCAACGCCGUGCAGGUUGCUUUUAGCAUGGAUAAAUCUCGCCGUUUCGGGUGGUUUGGCACCGUCAGCUCUUCGGAUUGCAUAAUGGAAGUUAUCGAAAACUUCGAAAAGCAGAGGAUGGUACCCCCGAUCCGGGGCAGCGAAUCUUUGUAG